UUUGAGGACUUCAUUUAAAGGGCUCUAAGGUGACCUGGUAAUGAUGGCCCUCGCCCUUUAUUCAGCACUCUAUUCCUAUUCUGGCUGGGACACACUCAACUUCAUCACAGAGGAGAUAAAAAACCCAGAGAGGAAUCUGCCCUUGUCCAUCGCUAUUUCCAUGCCCAUUGUCACAGUGAUCUACAUCUUGACCAAUGUAGCUUACUACGUCGUCAUGGAUGCAGACAAAGUGCUCAGCAGCGACGCCGUUGCUGUGACGUUUGCAGAUGAGGUUCUGGGCUGGGCUCGAUGGCUGAUCCCUCUGUCUGUGGCCAUUUCCUGCUACGGAGGCCUCAACUCCUCCAUUAUUGCUGCCUCCAGGUUAUUUUUUGUUGGUUCCAGAGAAGGCCACCUACCUAAUGUCCUGUGCAUGAUCCACAUCAAGCGUUUCACUCCAAUUCCUGCCCUGCUUUUCAAUGGUGCCAUGUCUCUAUUCUACCUGUCUGUGCCUGACGUUUUCCAGUUGAUCAACUACUUUAGUUUUAACUACUGGUUGUUCAUCGGCCUGUCAAUAGCCAGCCAAAUAUACCUUCGCGUCAAAUUUCCGGAUAUGCACCGACCUGUUAAGCUGUCUUUAUUCUUCCCAAUCGUCUACUGCGUGUGCAGCAUAUUCCUGGUAGUGGUUCCCCUCUACAGUGACACCAUCAACUCUCUGGUGGGAAUUGCUGUGGCGUUGUCUGGUGCACCGGUCUACUACAUUUGCAUCCACCUGCCGGCCAGCUCCAGACCGGCCUUCCUCGGAAAAGUGCUUGAUCGGAUCUCCCUAUACACCCAAAAACUGUGCAUGUGUUGUGUGGCCUCGCCUGAUAUUGACCUGGACAAUAUAGAUCCAGAAAAGGUCGAAUGAUAGAGCAACAAAGGACUCGGGUGGUACUGUAUGGAGGGAUGGAAGAGGAAGAAUGAACACAAAGGAAAGAGCUGCAGACAAUCAGUAUUUAGAGGAGUAUAGCUUGAUUUGGUUGUAGGAAGAACGAUUGAGAGACUGGAGAGAUGAGCUCAACACACUCUUUCUCUCACACGUGCCAUAGAAAUAAAGAGGCAGGAUUUAGAAUUUGUACAUGAUAACCCUCCAACAAACAGCACUGUAUAGAUUAACUCGGCGAACCUCGUGCACAUUCACAUGCUAUUGCACAAUGCAGUGUUGGUUGUCCCUCCACACGUGCCCAUACACUGCAAUUCACACACGUACGUAAGCUGACCGAAAGAUUUAGGGUGACACUGCAGCAAAUGGAAAAUAAAUAACCUGAUCCAGAAGGACCUGACACAGCAAAGAUGCCUGCGGAGAUUUAUUCACAAACAGGAGGUUGUUACAGAAAAUACAUAUGUGGAGUUGAAAAAAGGUUAAUCGAAUGUCGUACAUGUGUUGCCUCACGUCUCACAUGUUAAGCACGCUACUGUAGCUUAUGUGAAUGUGUGAAAGAUAAGCUCGAACCAGUGGGUCCCAACUGAAAUAUGAAGUUACUGACCCCUCCAAGGUUGCAAAUGUCACAGUAUGGUGGCCAAUACAGCCAACAAAUAAUUCUUCUUACUAUUUGAACAUUUAAGGGACCUAAGAUCAUAAUAGUACUCAGUAAGUCACAAAUAUAAAGUCUUAAAAAUAUAUAUUUUUUAAAUCCUGUCGCUCACAAUGAGGUUUAUCUGGUGACCCAAUGGGGUGAGUCCCAGCCACUGGUUUAAAUGCUAAAAGGUGCAGACUUAAAGACCCUUCCACUGCUUGUGUUUAAAGGUUUGAUGGAUUUGCAUCAACGUCAGGCAGGUUAUUUGCCAGUGUGUAUGUCACAAUUAUAGUUAUAGUUAGAGUUUUUUAGCUAGAGUUUAUACAUCAAUUGUAUGGCAGCCAGAAAAUGUCCAAUAACAUUGUUCUUGGACUUGUUAACAGACCUCUGUAAACUGCUGCAAAUUUGCACAUCUUGCAUGUUCUGUUUUGUUUUACAGCUACCUUUUUUGUUAUGGAAAAGCUUUAUUAUGACCUAUUACUGAAGUGAAGGGCCAACUGGGCGGGUGUAGAGGGUUUGUAGUAAUUAGCUAGUUAUGAAUAGGGAAGAGAUUAUUUACAAGUGCUGUUACUUCUUGUGUCAGUUGACUUUAAGUGGUUUCAUUUUAUAAGUGCUGAUCCUACUAUGAAUAUGAUCAUAAAUCUGUCACUGUUCACAUGCAUUUGAAAUGUUAUCUUUAGGCCAAAUCAUUUAAAUGUAUCUUCAGGGCUAUAUUUGAUUUCUGUUGCCUCCUAGUGGUAGCUAAUCUUAACUUCCAGAGACGAGCUGUAGUUUGUCUCCCAAGUGUCAUUCAAGAGUCCAUCUGCAACUUGUGUGUUUAUGCAGUUACUGUCCUCUUGUUACCUUGUUCUCUCUUUUUUUUUUUUUGCCAUUUCCAAACACAAACUGGUGUGAGGAGUGUAACUGAAAAGUUUUUAAAAACUUGAUUGUUUGAAGUACCUUCAGAACGGGGUCUUUAUAGAUACAAACCUCAGGAUCAACCAUGCUGAUGUGCACAUGUAGUUGCUGAUAUUUAUCUUUCUUUUUUUAGCCACUCUUACCUUGAGAGUUUGUAUCACAGAUGGGAUAUUUAAUGUAAUGUUGCCUUUUUGAAUAUAUAUAUAUAUAAUCACAUAAUCACUAAUUGGACCAUUUAUUCACAGUGCAUAACCAAAGGUCUUCAACAGGUUAAUAGUUGGACCAUCUCUAUGCUCAGUGAGCCUGUAGCAAAGUGUCUCUUCUUCCUAGUGAGAACUAUAGCUGUAACUACAGAUAGAAAGUAACUGUGGUGUUUGCAGUGUACGGUGGUCUUUAUGAACUGUACGUGCCUUCUGUGAGUGUGGUCUGCCAAAGGCCGUGUCUAUUUUUGAUAUUGUAACGUUGCUUUUGUGUACGGUGUCUUGAGCACAAUCAUUCUGACACGCUGCUGUAGGGUUUGCCAAACUGUUCUUUGGGUGCUCAGUUUGAAAAAAAAAAAAUAAUAAUUUAAAAAUGAAUCAGCUUCAGAUGUUGUAGUUAACUGUCAGUUGGAAAUAUUCAGGCCUUAGAUUGAACCAUGCUGAUAAAAGCACUUCCACAACACCAGCCAACUGAAGCACACAUAUUUGUUGAAUGUUGCUUUCUCUGGGGUCAAAGUCAUCAUUUAUACUAGUCAGUUUUGUGUGUGUGUGUGUGUUGAAAGGAAAAUCAACAUCUAUCUGCAGUAAACACAUAAUAUUUACAAUGUAUUUUUCAUAUUCUGUCAUGUUACAUGACUUAUUAUAGACUCAGAAACUUGAAUGUUAUAUUUGAUGUAUUUCAUCAGGUACCAAUUUGGGCGUUCUGGUUGGGUUGGGUUGUGUUUUGUGUAUGUGUAGAAUUGUUGACUGUUUUUAUUUAUCAUAUUUUGGACAAACCAAAUGGCAGGAUAUACUUUUCGUGUCUUGUUUGCUCAGACUGAGGCAGGAAUGUGUUGUUUUAUUUGAAUAAAAGCAAAACAGACUGUGCGUCU